AUGCUAAAGUAUUCAAGAAGACCCAUAGUUACGACAAUUUCAUUACUCUCAUUGAUAUGUGUGAUCUAUUUCAUGUCAUCAUCGUCACAAAAUUUGGAAUCUUCCCUAGGUAAAGUGAGAUCGCCAAUAAAUUUAAAUUCCGAUACAUUGCAAUCAAACUUGGACACAUUGUUGCAAAGACAGGUUCAACUGGGUAACCAAGUACAGGAACCAUUGGAGGAACCACCAUCGAGUGGAAAUGAAGCAGGGGCUCUUCCAGCAGAACAAAAACAACAACCGCAAACUAUCAACAACGAUGACGAGGUCAUUGUAGCACAAGCAUUUAUGCCCAAAAUGGCCAACGAAACUUUAAAAGCUGAAUUGGGCCGUGCUUCAUGGCGUUUGUUCCAUACCAUUUUAGCUAGAUACCCCGAUGAACCAUCAACUCAUGAACGUACAACCUUGGGCAACUAUAUUCAAUUAUUUGCUCAGGUUUACCCCUGUGGUGACUGUGCACGUCAUUUCCAACAAUUAUUGAACAAAUAUCCACCACAAACCAAGUCCCGUAAAACGGCUGCUUUGUGGGGGUGUGAUAUACAUAAUAAAGUCAAUGAUCGGUUAAAGAAACCACAAUAUGAUUGUACAAAGAUUCUUGAAAAUUAUGAUUGUGGAUGUGGUUCUGAUGAGCAGGAAGCUGACUCUACUUUGAAGGGAGAGAGCUUGCUGCAUUUAAAAGGGUUGAAAGUGGAGAAGGAAGAGUUGCAAAGAGGUGGAUAG